ACUGGCAGUGAAUAUCAGACGCGCAGUUAGAGACAUAUUAUGUGAAGUUAGCUCACUGUCAACAUCGAUUGCUGUUCAAAAUGAUGCAGUUUUCGGAAGAAGGCGAAGCGCUGAAGGAUAAAAGUCGGUGUGCCAAUAUUCGCGCGGAUCUAAAGAUCUGUUUGCUGGAAAGUGAUUGCUGUAAAAUUCACAAACGUAGCCCCAGAGAGUGCCUGCUUUUGCAAGAUGGAACUGUACCUCAACAAUGUUACGCCUUGCGCAAUACCUUCUUCGAAUGUAAACAUUCUCUAAUCGACGGCAGACGGCGAUUUAGAGGUCCGAAAGGAUAUUAGUUCAAUAAUGUGACUAAAAUUGUGUUAUUAUGUAUAUAUAUAUAUAUAUGUAUAUUCUUGAAAAGUGUAUUUUUUGUAUUAGAUAUUUCAUAACGAAAUAUCUCUGUGAAUACGAUCCGCAGAAAGAUGUGCGUAAUUGUAAGGAAGGAAAGAUACAUGCUGUAAGCAGUUUUUAAUAUUAGAAGUGAUUUAUUAUUAUUCAUCA